AGAAGGAGGAGCCCGAAGUGUCUCCCGGGGCCGGGGACCCUCCCCGGCUCAGAGCCCAGCUCUCGGCGGGGCUGCGACCGUAUCAGCAGCAGCGAGCAUCGGAGUCGCCGGGCCUGUCUCGGCUGGAUCCAACCUGAUCAAAACAGCAGCGCCUCAUUCACGCCUCCCGUUCCGCAAGACUCCAAACCUGCCUGAGAGGAGGAGGAGGUGGUGGCGGCGACGACGGCGGCGGCGGUGGGAGCCGCCCUGCAGAAAGUUUGCGUGCUUGUCCGGACGGCGGAUUGGGGAUCCGGCCCCAUGCGGAGCGGGAGAGCCCUGAGCAGGGCUCAGGCGCAAGGAACCCUUGGAAUCGCAGCCUGGGGGUGCCGCCAUGGGCAGCUGCGUGGGGAGACAACGCAGGGAGCGGCCGACCACCCCAGGGCACCCGCGCAAGCGAGCAGGUCGCAAUGAACCUCUAAAGAAGGAGCGCCCCAAGUGGAAGAGUGAUUACCCUAUGACGGAUGGGCAAUUGCGAAGCAAGCGGGAUGAGUUCUGGGAUACAGCUCCAGCGUUCGAGGGCCGCAAGGAGAUCUGGGAUGCACUCAAAGCUGCCGCCUAUGCUGUGGAGGCGAAUGACCAUGGACUAGCACAGGCCAUCAUCGAUGGUGCUGGUGUUACGUUGCCCCAUGGCUCCCUUACUGAGUGCUAUGAUGAACUGGGGAACCGGUACCAGCUCCCCGUGUAUUGCCUUGCCCCGCCUGUCAACCUGAUUAUGGAGAGGAGCGAGGAGGAGGGCGUGGAGCCCCCUGAGCCAGCACCCCACACCCGGCGUGAAUUCCCUCUCAAAGUGCGCCUCUCCACCGGCAAGGACCUGCGCCUGAGCGCCAGCAUGACUGACACUAUUGGGCAGCUCAAAAAGCAGCUCUUUGCCCAGGAGGGGCUGGAGCCUGCCUGGCAGCGCUGGUUUUUUUCUGGCAAGCUCCUGACAGACCGGACCCGCCUUCAGGAAACCAAAAUCCAGAAGGACUUUGUCAUUCAAGUAAUCAUCAAUCAGCCACCUGCACCAAGGAACUGAGUUGGAGGUGGCUGGCACAGGGCCCACUCUGUGGCCCAGGGGCUAAGCUGCAGCCCAUGAGCAUGAGGCUGCUCUUGUGCCUGG